AUGUCAAAUGAUACCAUGGAUCCAAAUUACAUAUGGCCACUGGUUUUGUUGACCGACCUAUGUGCACCAAGCCAAGCGAGACUUAUUGGGCUUAUCCAGACGACACUCGAGGACGAUCUCAAAUCCCAUUCCAGUGACUACUUCGCGGCCUCCUUUCAAGCCCAGAAUAUCAUCCAGGAAGUCAAGGUUCAUGCAUAG